AACCGCCUAAUAUAUGCCACGUUGAUAAGCAACGUAGCCUUAACAGUAUUUAAUUAUCGCUAAGACAACAGCAACAUAUGUGCCAGUUGAUAAACGUUCCUUAAGACUAGGAGAGAAAUAAUUAAUACUAGAAUUAUAAAAAAAUGGCGAACAAUGUCAAAGUGCUUGGAUUUUUGUUGGCGUUUGCGGCCUACGUUUUUUGCCAGGAGGAAGAACUUAAAAUUGACGUGACCCACACGGUUGAGAAAUGUGAACGUAGAACACAGAAACAUGACUUGGUGACCAUGCACUACGUUGGAAAACUCGACAACGGAACUCAGUUCGAUAGCAGUUUUGAGCGAAACCAGCCUUUCCAGUUUCAGUUGGGUAUCGGUCAAGUUAUUAAAGGAUGGGAGCAGGGUCUUCUGGACAUGUGCCCAGGAGAGAAACGCACACUGACCAUCCCACCCAACCUCGCCUAUGGAGAUAAGGGCGCUGGUGACGCCAUUCCUCCGGACUCCACCCUGAUCUUCGAAGUAGAACUCGUCCACACUGCUGACGGUCCAGUGCCCCCAAAUGUCUUCAAGCAGAUCGACGUCAAUAAAGAUAAGGAACUUUCACAUGAUGAGGUGUCCGACUACUUACUUUCCCAGGCUGUUCAGCACGGCCAGAAUAUCGACAAAGACUCCGAAGAUCACAAAAAUGUCGUUCAAACCAUUUUUGACCACGAGGACAAAGAUAAGGACGGAGUUAUCUCCCUUGAUGAGUUCAGUGGACCGAAACACGACGAAUUAUAAAGACUCUAGUUCAUAGGCAUAAAUUAAUUAUACAGAAUAUUUUGUUUUCAUUCCUAUUUAUUUUAAAACUGGAUUUAUUGAAAGUAGAACUCACAUUAUAUAUAAUAAGUAUAAGCCAGUUGUGAAAAUAAUCAUUGUGCUGACUUUUAUGCGAUAUCUGAGAUAUAAAAUGGUAUAUGUAAAUAAUUAUGUUCCCCAUUCAGUUUCAUGAUAGUUUUCUCAAAUUACAUCUAGUCUUUUUUCAACAUAUGUACAUUGUUUAUGUAAAAUACUGCUGUUUAUUUAUACUUAUUUUUAUAUGUUUCUCGAAGAUUGGUCGAUUGUCAAUAUUUGAGCAUGAAGUGCUGGUGCUGAUUAAUUUUGCUGUAUAUUUCCACAUUGUUUUAAAAGUCGUAAAACGGUCUGUUAAAAAGUCUUAGUUUGAUAGAUAAAACAAUAACGACUACAGAGACAGUUGUUUAAUAGAACUGUUAACAACGAAUAGAUCAGGGUAACGUAACAAUUCAAUGGAAACUUAAUUUAAGGCAUUUUAUACUAUGUGGCUAUAACAUUUAUAUUUGAUGUGUGAGUGCGGUCUGCAUGCAAUCGUAACAACUCGGUAAUCUUCGGCAAGCCCGGCAUAUUCCGUGAAACAGCCGAGCAUGUUCUGAUUUGAUUCUGAUGGCGACUUUUACUUUUUAUGUCGUUGUUUUUCUUCUUCUUUUCGGCUAUUUAUUUAAAGCAUCCACAGUUUUAAUUUGAUUGUUUACUUGUUUCAAAGUCAAGUGUGUUUAACAGACGUUUUAGUAGACUAAAUGAAUCGCCAACGAUGAUAGAAUAGAAUAAAACAUAAAAUAUUUUAUAGUUACAAUUUCAGUGUAUGGUUGUUUAAAAUAGUGUGUGUGUGCAUUGUAUUAUCGUUGUGUAUUGUAAUGCAAGAACUGUUAGUUCUUGAAUCUGAGUGUAUAAUCUAGUCAAAUAUGAUUUCGUUCCUUUUUAGCUUCUGUGUCUACAUUUGCUUAAUGGGCAACGAUCGAUUUAUAUAAAAGCACUGUUUACGCAUAAUUUUGCAAUCAAAAGAUUUUGGUUUUGGCUACAGAAUUUAAUAAUAAAAGUCAAAAUAUGA